AUGGCGGAGUUUGCGGAGCGUGUGGCGGACGCGGUGAUGGCGCAGUACCGCGCGCUGCGCCCCAAGGGGAAGCCCCAGGCGCACGAGUACACGGCGCUCGCCGCCUUCGUCCUCACGCGCUCCCCCGCCCCGCUUGCCGGUCAGUGCCGCUCCCACACCUCCCACCUCCGCCUACCGCUUUCCGCUCCGCCAUCGCAUGCGCACGUGGCUCCUCCCUUCUCCGUUCGCGCCACCUGCGCGUCCAAUUGCUCCUUCCGCCGCCAUCAGGUCGCCGCAUUUGCGCCGCCGUUCCGCCGGUGGAUGUAUGCGUGCAUUGAGCAGCUGCUGCACGCACGGCAGGGGCGCGCACGCACACAAGGCGAGGAGGGAGUGCGACACACGGGGCUCGCUGCAGCUGGUAGUGAUGGCGCCAUUGGUGGUGGCGCCGUUGGUGGCGCCGUUGGUGGCGCCGGUGGUGGCGCCGGUGGUGGUGGCGGUGGUGGGAGCAGGAAGAAAGGAAAGCGGGCAUCAGGCGGAGAGGGAGGGGCAGUUUUGUUGAAUGCAGAGGACAACCCAUUCAUUCUAGUGGAGGGGUGUGGUGACGCACAGAGUGGUGCGAGGCGAGAGCAGCAGGGGUGUGAGAGCAAGGCGCAGGAGCGUGGAGUGGUGGCGGCGGCAUGGCGACCUGGCUUCCACCUGCACCUCUACUGCUCCCAGCUGCCCUGUGGCGAUGCGUGCAUUGUGGAUGCUGCUGCCCCGCCACCUUCACGCGCCCUCGCUUCUGGGCCUUCUUCACCCGAUGCUCUCGCUUCUGGUCACCUAGAGGGGAGCCGGGAGGAAGGGGCGGAUGGGGAGUGUGUGGAUGAGGUGGCGGAGAGCACAGAGGCGGGCAUGCCAAGGCCAGGCCCCAGCAGGCGGCUGGCAACAGGCGCCAAGGUCUUGCCUCCUCCGCCGCCCCUCGCCCCCUCCCUUGACCACCGCUCCCCCGCUGCUCCCCCGGACGCUGCUGCUCAUGCAGCACUGGCGUGCGGCAGCGGGGGGGCGAGGCAGCGGGAGCGCGAGGGCGGAGGGCAGCAGCAGGUGGUGGGAGUGGUGCGGCGCAAGCCAGGGCGGGGCGAGGCGACGCUGAGUGUGAGCUGCAGCGAUAAGAUGGCUCGCUGGAACGUGCUGGGCGUGCAGGGUGAGGGGGGAAAGGAGGGGAGAGGGAAGGGGGGGCAUACGUGGGGGCGGGGAAAAGGGGCCAGGGAAUGGCAGCGGGUGUGGGAAAGGGAGGACCGAAGGAGAGGGGGUGAUAAGCAGGGAAGGGGGUAUGCGGAUGAGGAAUUGAAGUACCCAUGUGGCACCAGCACCUGUCCGACUCCAUGGCAUGUCACAUCUCCCUCUCCCCCCCCACCUGCCACCCGUGCCCCCUUCUUUCCGGCAGCAGGAGCCAUGCUGAGCCACCUGGUGUGCGCGCCGGUGUACAUCACGUCCGUCAUCCUCGCUGCCCCGCCGCCUCCCCACUCCUCCCCGCUCUCCUGCCCCAUCUGCUCUCCCCAACGCCUCUGCCCAUGCCUGGGUGCACCAAAGGGAGGAGAGGGGGUUGAUGGUGGGGAGGCAGGGAAGGGGGAGUGGGCGAGUGAGGCAGAGGGGAGUUGCACGGGGGGAGUUGGCAGGGAGGGGUCGUGUAAUGGACACGGGUGGGUAGGUGAGGGCGAGGAAGGGGGGGCAGGAGGAGCAGGCGGAGGUGAGAGCAAUAGCAGAGCUGGGCAGCAGAGGUGUUCAUGUGUGUUGAGUGCGGUGAAGCGAGCACUGUACUGGCGACUGCCUGUCAUGCUGUGGGCACCGUCACCGCCCUCGCAGCUGGCUCGCCAGCACGACUCGCUCACUGCUGUCGCCUGCGGGUUCUCGCUGCUGUGGGAUGCGGCGUCAGCGCAGCAGGAGGCGCUGAUAGGCACGUGUGGGCGGCGCCAGGGCACCUCCACACGGGGCGCUCUCUCGCCCUCCACCCGCUCCUCCAUCUGCCGAGCAUCGCUGCUGGCUCGCUUCAAGGCCCUCCUGCCAUUCUUCCCGCACCACCUCUCCCUCACCUCCUUGACCUACCUGCACAUCAAG